AUGUCCACUACCAAUAAUGUAGCAAACGACAAGGCUGAGUUUGGGAUUCUCAAAGUCGCCGCCGCACAAGAAUCAUGGUCGGUUGAGAAAGUAGUCGCAGCAGAGUUUCCUAUUGCGCCAAAGGAGAAUACUGAGUCGCCAGUACCUUUCUUUCAUAUGUUGGAGAGGUUAAAGACCACCAAGCGUGAAGGAUGGCGUCGUUUUGGUAUUGAUCGGGGAGAAUCGAUUUCUGAUCAUAUGUACCGAAUGUCAUUAAUCACCAUGUUCGCCCCCGAGUCUCUUGCCUCGAAAAUCAAUAUCCCUCAUUGUACAAAGAUGGCUCUGGUUCACGAUAUGGCAGAAGCACUUGUCGGAGAUAUUACGCCUGUUGAUGGGGUACCCAAAUCGGAGAAAAAUCGCAGAGAAUCAACAACCAUGGAUUAUUUCACCAAGAGCCUACUAGGACGAGUCAAUGGAGCACUCACUGGUCAAAAAAUCAUGGAUAUCUGGCAGGAAUAUGAAGAUUCUGUUACUCUGGAGAGUAAAUUUGUUCAUGAUGUGGACAAGAUCGAGUUGAUUCUUCAAAUGGUGGAAUAUGAACGUUCUAAGCCACAGUUGGAUUUGGGAGAGUUCUCAUGGGUUGCGACUAAGAUUGUUCUUCCUGAAGUACAAGCUUGGGCUGAUGAGAUCUUGAAGGAGAGAGAGGAGUUUUGGGCUGGAAAGAAACACAUCAAGUACACUGAUGUUACGAAGCCAGAUGAGAAGAAAGUGGCGCAAGCCGAUGAAUAUUAUGGGGGAAAGGAGAAUGAGAGUACGAGUAUGAAUGGUGAAGCAUGA